AUGGGAAAUAUGAACAAGACCUCUCUUUCUUUUGAUAUGCCAAGUAACGUAACUAUAGAUGAUAAAGGAAAUAAAACUAUUAGUAUUAGAACUUAUGGUUAUGAAAAAUUUUGCUUUACUAUUGUACUUGCAUGUUUGGCAGAUAGUACGAAAUUACCUCCAAUAAUCAUUUUUAAGUUAAAGAAUAUUCUACGGCUUGAGUUUCUAUCAGAAUGGAUUAAGCAUGCAUGGGAUGAUAUUGAUACUCUGCUAAUUAAAAAUUCUUUUAAGUAUUGUAGCAUCUUAGUUGCAAAUAAUAGUUCAGAAGAAGAUUUAAUUUUUGAUUAUGAUCAUAUUGAAAAUAAUAACAAUGAAGUUAAUGAAUAUAUUUUUAAUAGUAAAACUUAG